CGCCUCCGCCUAAACAUAGCUCUCGAGCCACCCAACUCCGUGCGUGUCUCUCUGUUUGUGUGUGUGUGUUCCGGCGGGGGGCGCAACGGCUCGUCGCUUCCGUUCGAUUUCCCUCCAUUUUAAUCCUCCCUUCUUCUGUCUCCUCCGCUCCGGGAUCGCGGUGAGGGGGUUGUGUCUAUAUUUACCGCACACGCGUCCGGGGUCGCCGCGACCACGGGGAAGGGAAGGGCAGGGAAGCGCGCGGAGGAGGCGCGGUUCCUACCUUUGGCCUUGGGUCUGGGUGGCCACACGGCCAUGGCAUCCUCUUCGGUGGCAGCCAUGCCGCACGACUCCACGCCAUGGAGGGACCCCUCCAGGCCCUCCAGGACCCGGAGGUUCUUUAACAUCCUCGUCCCGCAGCCCCAGCCGCCGCGAUUCGCCGAUGAGGAUGCUGCUGCCGCCGGCGCCGCCGCGGCGGCGGCGGCGGAGCCCACGCCGAGGCGCAGGAGGCAGAUACUGGAUCGGUGGGCGGCGGCUGCCGCCGCCGCCGCCGCCACGGCGUCCGCGGAGGCGCCCGCGCCGCAGGAGCAGAGGCGGCGGGCGAGGGAGGCGGAGCUGAACGCGCUGGCGUCGGCCACCCGCCCCGUGGCCGCCCGCGCCGCCGUGUUCCGGGAGCCGUCCCCGGCGCCGUCGGACGCGUCGUCGACGACGGCGGGGGCGGGGGCGGGCCCCGCGGAGCUCCCUCCCGCGGGGCCGCGUGCGUCGUCGCUGAUCCAGCGGUGGCGGGAGAUCGAGGCGGUGGGGCCCGCCACGCCGCGGCCCUGCGGCGACCCGGCCUCCGACUCCGACGGGGGCUCGCCCCGGGGCCGCGUCGUGUGCAUCGUCAAGAAGCUCAGUGGGACGUCGUCGCUCCCCGACGACGAGCUGGACGCGGCCAGUAAGGAGGUCGCGCUUUCGCAGUCCGCGCCCCCGUCGCCGGCGCCGAUGCGCGCCGCGGUGGACGCGCCCUCCACCGCCGGCAUCAACUGCCCAAGACCCACGCAGCUGGUCGUCCGGACAGUUCGUGGCCGCCGGGCAAUGGAGGAGCUCGUCGCCAUGAUGGCCCAUCGCCGGAGGUGCGAGGUCGCCGCGGUCGCCGAACGCCACGUCGUGUCUCGGUUCGCGCACAAAGGCAGGAUCCAGUCCAUGCUUCGUCUUAGGCUGUUGCGUCAAGGAGUUAAAGUUAAGGAUGAAGUUUGGACUCUACCAAGACCAGUCAGGCCACGCUUUCUGAAAAGUGAGCCUGAGGCCUGUAUCAUAAGAAAUGAUAACAAGUACACGGAUGUACAAGAUGCUGCUAAUUUCGUUCAAGAAAAUAAUGGCAAGUGCAUUGCUGAUGACCAACAUAAGGAUGCCCAUGUUUUGGCUGAGAAAUCUAAUGAUUCUGGCAACAAACAAUAUGAUGGGCACAAGAACACCAGUGGAAAUCAAUAUCAGGAAGGUUGUGUAAACAUGGUAAAAUUGUGUGCCCAGAAUCAGGAAUAUUCUGAGGCAUCAAGCUUCGUGAGGUAUGAUGAGCAUAGUACUGUCGAUGAUGUCUCGCCAAGUACCAUAAGCACAUUGCGCGAACUUUGCACACCAUCCUCAAGAGGUGAUACUCUACGAGAGGAAGACAACCAAAGCCUUAAUGGCUCUUGGGAAGAGAGGGCUUUAUGGAUAAGUAGCCUUGGUUGGCCGGCACCAGUAGAUGCCAUGAGUCCAGACAGUUGGAAUCAAGACACAAUUGAGAAUCACACUCAGAUUGAGUUUAAUGAUCGCCCCUGGAUAGACUCCCCUAACUCAUGGAGAUCAUUGUGCGUUGCCACACAAGCAGACAGCCGUGCUUUGUCUGGCAAUGCUGACAUUUGUAAUCUUCUUGAGAGCAAAAAGGUGUCAAAGUCUCUUGAGAGUGAUUUUAGCAAUAAAAUGAACAACCUCUUGCUAACAAUAUUGCACAAACAAAGGCAACAACACAUGAUUGAUGAUUUUGAAGGAUAUUACAAUGAGCGCUUAUACUGGAGGCAGAAUGAUGAACCCCAGAAUGUCAAUCAGGAGGUCUCUGCACCAUGUUCUUUAGCACCUGUCUCCCAUCUUGGCAUCCACCAGCAAGAAAGCUGGCAGCAUUCUACAUUUGAACAUCAACAUCACGAAAACCAAAAUUUCCUUGAAAUGGAAGUCAGGGUUAGAAGUGAAAUGGCACAGGUUCAUCAUGAAAUAUAUGAACUAAGGAAGUUGGUGGAAAGUUGUAUUGCAUCCCAAGUAAAGAUCCAGCACUCUAUUAAAGAGGAGGUGUGCAGUGCACUUCGUGAAGCAGGGUUGAUGCCAAGCCAACCUGACACAACAGCAAAAAGGGGAAGCUGCUGCAUCUGCCAUCAAACACAAGUUGACUCUCUACUUUACAGGUGUGGACAUAUGUGCACCUGUUUCAACUGCGCCGAUCAGCUGAAAUCAAGCAGCAGGAGUUGCCCAAUCUGCCAAUCUCCUAUUGAGGAUGUUGUUCGGGCGCAUAUGAAUUUUUGAGAUGUAGGUGUUAGGGGGAAGAACAACUGCCACUCCUAUAUAGCUUUAGAUGUGGAGUUUGUGAAGCCCUGGUUUUGAAGGAGGCUUCUUCUUAAUUUACAAUUCAUUGACCACUAAAAGUAUACGAGCUAGCGUUUCUUGAGAAAUGUAAAUAUGUUUUGCAAGCGCGAUGUGUACUGACAGAAAGGAACCAAAGAAAAAUCUAAUCCAAAUGCUGAUCUUGUUUCAGAU